UCGAAAGUAGAAACUUAAACGGACUCCGAAUAAAUACGUUGAUAUAUUUGCCCGCAGGAAAUACAAGUUGAGAAACAUGAACAUAGGUAGAUUCAAAGAUCGCAAUGCGGAUAUCCGUGCGGCAGGUGUGAGAUCGGCUGUGGACGACGAGAACAGCGCCAGCAAGUGCAUGACCAUAUCGCACAUUGAGGAGGUGGCCGAUCACCUGAUACGGACGGAUUGCAGGCGCAAGCAAUUGAGGAAUGCGGGUCUCUUGUGGCGGGAGUCGCCCUGCCUGCCGACGGUCAGUGUGCCGGAGCUGAUGGCCAUCGAGAAAUCCAAAUCGCGUUUCACCGUCUUCAAGGAGAAGUUCUCCGAGGAGAUGUACCUGAAGCAGGCCAAAUUGGGUGAGGUGAAGCCGACGGGCUCCAAGCCGGACAAUGUCACCAAUUUGAGUUGCACAUUCGGACGCGAGACGCGAUCCAAGGAGAGGCUCUACGAUAUGGUGCUGCCGCCAAAGCCGGCCGAGCAGGUGAAUCGCGAAUUUGCCAAGUUCCACGACAAAUACGUGAUCAGCCAUAAUCAUUAUUUUCCCUCGGAGCAGGUCAAUCGCAACUACAAGCAGCCGUUCUGCAAGGAUGCCACCUACGGAGCGGGCACCAGAGGCGAUAUCAGCGGCCAGCUGGUGAAGCGUUGCCUGCAGCAAUGCGCCGGCCACGUCAUCAUCAUCAGCAAGGAGCAGAUGGACUUUAUUGAUCGCACCUUUCCGCGUCUGGGUAAAAAGUACAAAAAAUACCCCUAUUUGGUGCCAUCCGACAUGAUCUAUGGCACGCCCACUUAUGUGCCGGACUGCGACUGCAAGAUGCUCAUCGAGGAUAUUUCGCCGUGCCAGAGCAAUAAGCAUCUGAUCGAGGCGUUGGGCCAUCUCAAUAUGUGGCGUCACAAGCUGCAGAAAAGCGCCGAUUUCCAUAUGUUCGAUCUGAUCUCGGUGCUGGAGCACAGCGACAAGGAGCAGACACGUUUCCUGCCCCUGAAGAAGAUCUUCGAGGUGAUGCACAAGAUGCAUCUGUACAUCGAUAUAUACAAAAUGCGCACCACGCUCUCCCACUUCAAAAUGAUCCUCGACGAGAACUGUCCCACGGAGCGUGUCAACUACGAUGACUUCUGCCAAUUGCUAUCCAUUCAUAAUCCAUUGCCCACCACGGGCAACAUAUCGACCAUGCCAGCGAAUGUUUAUAACAAGGAUACCACCUAUCGUCUGUUCUGCUCCGAUCUCGGCAAGCAGCCGGUUGAGGCGCCAGCUAUGCGCAAGCCGAGACCCAAGCAGCUGGAUGAUGACUCGACGCAUGUUAAGGACCUGCUCACGCCGGAUAUAUCCUUGCUAUAUGGACUGUCGCCCAGCGACUUUCAGCUGCUGCGUCCCAAGGAGCAGUUGGAGCUCAUUUUCAAGGACAUUGUCAGCACCGCGGACUUCGAAACGAUUUGGCAGCAACUCAUGCAGACACAUCAGGAACAGAACGGUCUGGUCUCUGUGGUGCAGUUCCGUGAGGUUAUGGACAACAUGGAACCAGCCAGCCAGACGGCCAAUUGAAUUAUUAUUCAAAGCAUUUAAAUUCCAAGUACACCACGAAUCUUCCAGUUGUUGCAACCGUUGACACGAAUUGAAAUAAAAUUGUGAA